CUGGUAACUGGUCAUGGUGGAACAAUGAGAUGAUAACAAACAAGUUGUUUAACUUUCACUUCCCGAGAAAGCGUAAGACAAAAGGUGUUGUUUAUCAGGACAAGCCUACGCUCAGCACGAGCAUGUUUGCCUCGACAUUAGAUGAAAGGUUAGCAUUUUAAUCUCUAUAGAUUACAUCUACAUUAUGCAACCUGUCGAGCUUUUGGCUGGCUGAGUGCAGUCUUUUAUCUUUUGGCCUCCAUCUGCAAGUGAAGGUCUUUGGAUUGCCGUAUAGAGUGCACACCAGUUUUUUUUCUUAACUUAAAGAAGCAGUAACACUUGAAAAUAUUAGCCUUGUAAUUUUAAGUACCUGUUUUUGUAUUCAGUCAAAGUGUCUGUUGUAAAAUGUUAAUACGCAUCCCUCUCUUAACGCCUGAUGUUUUACAGAUGUUUUGAGCAUCGGUGGUUCUAAUGACUGUGUUUUGGAAUUGUGUAUAUUCUUUCUAACUGGACCCUACAGAGCCAUCAGUGUGCCUGGUUGGUCAUAUGUGCUUGUGAUAUUUCUGAAUAUGCAGUCUCUCUUUCCGCCUCUGUCGCUGUGCUCCAGCCGCUGCUGUGUAACUUGUGUGACGUCAGUGAUUCUGCUCACCUUCCCUCUUCCACUUCUACUCACUGCAAUUUAUCUCUCUGCCUUGUGUUUGUUGCAAGUUCAUGCCUUCUCACUGCGCACACAUAAGAUGGGGAAUGUUCUCUGAAAUGAGCUUCAUUAGUGACCCCCAUACUGUGUGAACCGAAUGUCAUAUAAUGCUGUUUGUAAUCUCCUUUCUUCUUCCUCAACCGAACCUCCAUGGUGAUUUGUCAUGUUCAGGUAGAGCCAAAAAAAAAAAACCUCCCAUUCCAUGCAGCUGCAAGAAACAAGCUCUUCCUCAGGCCGAGCCGUCGCACCAUGUCCGAAUGGAGGGACUCGUGUUUCCAAGUUCAUCCUUGUGUUGCUCUGACCUGUCUUUCUUUUUGGUCCCAGUGAUCUAGACAGAGACUUUUGGAAUAACAAUGACAGCAGCACAGUGCAGCAGAGGUGGAGUUCCUAUCCGCCGAAGGAGUUCGUAUUAAACAUUUCUCCUUAUGCCCCAUAUGGAGAUCCUCGCCUCACACUCAAGUGAGUCUUGGUCCAAGGCCGGUAAGAGACACCCCCCUGAGCAGGGCUGUAUUGAGGCAGGGGCAUCACCACCACCAUGCUUCCCCUUAUUUCCUUUCCUCUCCUCCCUCUUUACUGCCGCUUUUCACACCAGCCUCCUCUCCUGCCACGCGCUAUCUAUCCAGUCAAAUUCAUGUGGAUGUCAUGAUUCCUGACAGCUUAUUACAUCCACCGUUUAAUCAUCUUCAUUAUUUAUUUUUAUUCCUCAGCCAGCUAACUUUAUGGGCAAACAAGACAAUCAGGAAAUCGGCGUAUAAUAAAAAUAACUUUCAGUGCUUGUUUUGUUGCGUCAGCUAGUCCGACCCAUGCUCUACACUCCAGGCCAUCCAUGGUGACUAAUGAUCAGUCAUAAUCUGCUUGGUAAAUGCGAGUGGCGAAAAUGUCAUACACGCAAAGAGGCCACGCGGCUGACGCUUAACUACGAGUGCGUCGGGGGAAGCAGCGCUGCGAUUCCCUCCGGCUCACUUUCGCUGCAACCCCUCACCUUCUAAUGAACACCCAGGCGUACGCUCAGUUGCCCCCUCCACUCCCUACAGCCCUGCCGGUCCCACUAACUCCUGACCUGUAACCUUCUACCUCUCUUCCCAUGGAGUGCUACCAUGGAGACGGACAACCCUUGUUGUCUUCGUUCCAAAGAUGUUGACUAGAGCGCACCUCUGUAGUGUCUCCCUGCCCUUCCCCUGUGUCAGCAGCAGUAGCUUGUUGUGGAGGGUUGACCGUUGGUCCAGGUUGCAAUGGGGUUCACGUGAGGUUUCCAUUAGUCUGUGAUCAUCCAAUUCUCUGUUACUGCAUUAACACAUGGCUCUUGAACAACACAUGUCAUGGAACCAUUGGGCCAUAUUUUCAAAAUGACAUCAGAAAGUUGAAUCACUCCCACCAGGAUUUUUUCACUUAAGCAACUUCUAAAUAUUAUACUCCUCCUUAACUGGAAAAACAAAGAGUCAAAACAUGAGCCAAGACUUUCACUUGCAAUUAACAAAACCACUGUAAUUUUUUUUUAAAACUCAUGUCUCAGCGAAUGAAUCCCAGUGAAUCCUGGAGGGACUGGUGAAAGGUCACGGGGCUUGAUGGUGCUCCUCGAAUUUAGACAUCCUGCAACCAGGAGCAAUUCUGAAUCUGACUCAGAAGUGGUCACGUUGAUGAGUUUUUAGACUGUGCUGGAGGAAGAAAACAGCAUUGUGCUCAUGGGUGAAAGAAAUAUAGAUUUACUGUCUUACAAGUGACGGAAUGUGAUGACCAGUUGAAAAGAGCCAGUGUUUUGUACCUGGCAGUCACUGACAGGAAAAAAGACUAAGGAGAAGAAAAGCAGGGGGCGGGCGGUUCCUUUUCACUGUAGCGAGAUUAUAUUACGCGACAGUUUUUAGAGAGAGGUGCUCUGUACAGUAGACAGGACGGAGAAAUAGAUCAAUAAAUAUGACAAAUGAGAAAAUGAAAUAUGUUUAAAAUAUAGAUAGGAAAUAAGCAAAACAAUCACAGAUCAUAUUGGUAGGGUAGGAGAUUUUGUUUUUCCUGUCGCAGUUUUCACUAAAAUCCCCUUCACUAACCAUCCCAUUCAAUACUUUUACACAAAAACAUACAUUUUAGCCACGUGUGGAAUCGACAGAAAUGAAAGGUAAAUUUUAAUGGACCCUUCCAUGUGAUUGGGUGGUGAUGUGUCGAUCACACACACUGCUGUCAUUUGUCCCGCCCACUCUAUAUCUCCGUUCUCUCAAUUUGACUGGAGUCGACGUCAGGUAUGAGUCCAUGAUAACUUCGAAUAUGUACAGAAAUAAGUAAACCGUGGCUCAACACGGAUCACUCACCCUGUCUUUAAAAACACUUUCAUAGAUAAAUGAUUCCAUUAAAAUAAGAUGAAAAGGAAACUUUCAAUCGUGAAUGACUUAACUUCAAACUGUCAGAAUUCAAAAUAUGUGUUUUGAGCAAUACUUCUCUCUUUCUCUCCCUCAAUAGACUUUGAAAGUGUCCUAACAUGCGUGUGACUGAUAUUCAAGGAAGCAGAACACGUUUCACCACUUUUCAUGCAAUUGUUUUUGUUGGACAUGAUAAAAUGUCUGAUUCGAGGGAAACUACUUUUAAAUGACUUCAAAUCUCCAAAAUCUUCAAACCUUCUGUGUGAGGCAUCAGAAUACCAUGACUGAUGUAUUUGUAAACAGUAUAUAGCCUUUGCUACUAGCUAUUGAAACUCCUGUGUCACAAAAUGUAGAGGAUUAAACAAUGGAAACGCCAAAACGUAAACACCAGGAAUGUGUUAUAUACUGGCAACAUUUUAUUCAAAGUAAUUCACAUAGUACCUGAGCAGAGCAAAGCAAGGUUCUUGGAUGCAUAAGUGACAGCAGAUCUCUGUGUUAUUAAGGCUAACACAGCCUCAGGCUGUAUAUCUGAAGUUAAACAUUAUCAACAACAACAACAACAACAAAAAUAUGAUAGCAGGGAGCUCUUUUUUCCUUCUGGUCAAGAAUAAAGAAGGAGUUAAGUGUUACCCUCAUCACUUCAGCGAACUCGUCUCCACAACACAAUGGUGCGUUCCUUGGAUUCCAGAACUGGCAUUGCAUUCAAGCUUCUUCCAUUCCUCUUUGCAAACCUUAUUGCGACAAAAGCCAUAAUGCAGUACCAUCAGGGGAAAAGCUUGGAGCGACCUCCACCAUUUUUCAAGUUUUCAUCACUUAUUGUGAACGAUACCUCAUGUUUUUCAUUCAAAUCUCCUCGGGGAAGAAAAGCGAUGAGUGUGCCCAUAUUUCUUUCCCACAGCACUUUGACUGUGAGGGAAGUUGAUUCCAGAGCAAGAUUGAUAUGUGAAUGGCUCUCAUUCCUGUAAAUACUGGGGGGGAUUUAUGACGCUGUUCAUCCACGUGCUCCUACUUUUAAUAAAGAGGAGAGACCCUGGUCACCUUGUGCUCAGCUGGAUAAAUGAGGCCCACGUACGUCCCCGGUGUUGACCGUUACUCCUGCAGUGUCACGCCAGCUGUCGUUGAGAUUGAUGGCUGAGUCCCCCUGCACUGUCAGGUCAAUUGGUCAAUAUUAAAUGUGAAAGGUGACCUUAAGAAUGAAACACGAUGUUGAAGUGUAGCACCUCUGAUCUUGAACUGACUCGCCAGACAAGCAUGCCUCAUGUCUUUUAGUUUGUCUCCGGGAUCUUGAGGCAGAUGCAUAUUCAGAGGGAGUAGUCAUGUCACCAGAGGGCACCACUGUGCUUCAUUUUCGUCAGGCUUGCAGAGUGACAUUUUAGACCCAAAAACAGUUUCAGGAAGGGGAUGUGAGCAGCUCUUAGUAGUUGUGUGGCAGGUGAACCUGAAGCCCCAAUAUUAAAAGGCCACUGAUCAAAACAGCUCUGCUAAAUCCCCACUCCAGGCAGUGUUAUUAGUAACUAAACGCCUCACAGUUCACUUACACUGCUAAAGCUGAGUUUGAAUUUCUAUUCUCCAAGCAGUGUCUCAGAAAGAGAUGGUCAAGUAAACCAACAUGAUCAGAACUUGCAAUGUGAAAGAAAGUGCCUUUUCACAAUGGACACUGACCAGCUUGCAGCUACACAGCCCAACUAAACAACACUGUAUCUGUCAUGUUGGUCGACAGAAGACACGGGACACGUGAUUAAAUUACAGAAUUUAAUCGAUGGAAGGAACAAAUAAAUAGACAGACAAAUAACUAAAAGUGCCGGGAACCAAAACGCGGACUGGGAUCAACACACAGGGACAAGGGAGAAUCUGGAAAACAAGAGAGGCGGAUUAGAAUCACAGCCUAGAAAAGGGGGAGAACAGAAAACACACCCAGAGUUAAGAUCAACGCGGUGGAGAUAAACUGAAAGAAGAACGCACACUUGCACACAAGGAUUAAACUGUACGGAGAUCUAUAAAUAAUAAGUGAGACUGAAAUAACUGCUCACACGCAGACUGAAUAUAGAUUGGGAGAGAAACGAAAGUGGAGAAUAUAUCCACGGAAGGAAGAUUAGGAGAUGAACGCCAGCUGCGUAUGCCUGUGAAGGUUGAGGGAAGACAGGAAACGGAAACGAAAGAAAGUGCGGAUAUGACAGUAUCUAGUCUACAUAAAAAUAUAUAAUAACGAUAAUAAAUAUCGGAUUCUUUCUUUUGAGUUUUUGUUGGCUACUUUUUAAAUGCUUGUAACUGACCACUGCAGAGCCGCAGGUAGAUCAUUUCGUCUGCUCAGGGUAGACGUCACACCUGAAAGCACAGUGAGCCAUGACCGAGUCCUCCACCACAGUUUAUCCAGUUUGAUGAUUUUAUUUUUUAAACCUUUGAAACCCUUUGUCUUCCUCAAAGUUAGUCGAUUGUGAAAGUCAGGAUAAUUAGGGUAAUUUGGAAAAUUUGCAUGCCGACUGAUAAGUGAUUUGCCAGAUAAUCCUCCUCAUUCAUUUUAGUCCAUUACUUAACACGGCAAGCAAAUACAACGGUUACGUUGAAGCUGUGGAUGAUAUACUAUAUCGCAUCACAUCUCAUCUCUGCCUGCCUCUGGUUAGACAUACAACAGUCACUGUAACAUCAUAAUGUUGCAGUGUUAUGGUUCUUGCGGUGGGAGUGUGGGCCAGGCCACUGAUAAUAGACUUCGUGAACUUCAGUCACAGGCCUUCAAUGACAUGAUUGUCGCAGGACACAUGCGUCCUGCAGCUCUUGAAACGCUUCUUUCCUAGUGACCUCUCUGGCUGUUAAAGUGCCGAGCCUGACUGUUUUGAAAUUGAUGCACGCUUGAAAUGACAUUGAGACCAGGUAUAAAACAGCCACAAACCUACAAACAGUGCAUCGCAGAGGCGACAGUAAAACCAAAAGUCUUUCAAGUUCUAAACAAUUUCUGUGAUCCAACUUAGGAUGUGACGAUGUGAAAAUUUCACAUCACGGUAUUGAUCACAAUUUGAACGCUUCAUUUCUGCUUGCCACACAUCACUUGAGACAGUAAAUCUAAUAUUGAAUAUUUAUAUAUUGAUAGAUAUUGAUCAGAAUAUUCAUCAGAGAAUCCGCAAGACUGUCAAACACUCAUAUAUAUUCUGUACACACAUGCAUACUGGAAACACAUCAUGCUGCUCGCUGUAUAUCUCAUGUGCAGAGACCUGCGGACACUCCGCUCUCAUUGCACCCAAAAAUGUAUUUUAAAUGAGAAUUGUUUGGUAACUUAAAAAAAAUUGUCCUUCAUUGAAGUACUAUAGAAACAUUGGAUUUUCGACUUAUUAGAUUGUAUAUUGAUAGAGUGUCUCCUCCCUUCUCAACUCUCUAUGUCAGAGUUUAGUCCCAAAAAACAAAACAUGACACAAUCUUACCUCUUAAUGGUGUUGACCUUAAAAAAGUAGCUUGUCCUGUUGCCACCUAGUGGCAAAAGCAUUGUUUUUUUAUCAAAGUUGCAACUUUGGAGUGACAUAUGGGUUUGUUUCAUUAGCCACUAGCAACAUGCAAAUUAAUUUACAAACUAACUCGGGUGUUUCGUCCGCUGUCUCACCUGCUUAAUGUCACUUCCCCAGAAUGAAACCGUGAUCUCAAUAGACACUUAAACAGACGUCCAAUGGCUGUGCAAGAACAUUUCCUAAUGGCCAUGUGUCCCCACACAUCACCGCCCAAAAUGUCUAAAUGAAUGAGAGAAUGAGCGCUAAUAGUCCAGGGUCCGCCAGCCGCUUGCCUUCGUAAAUGCUGUAUUGGUCCUCCAGACACAAAGCACUGACUCCUCUGGUUUUGCACCCUCCACAGGCUCCUUUUCAAAAUACCCUCUUCUUUCUUUCCUGUCCCUUGCUGUCUUUUCCCAUUCCUGUCUUUUAACUUGACUUUUUCAUCCUCCUGCUUCUCACUUGGGAAACCUGCCCCCCCCUACUGAUCUGUCUCACCGUAGCCUUGUUGAUCUAUGCCUUUUCCUGUGUGUGGGUUUGCUGUCUGCCUUUCUCACACUUUUUGGUCUUUUCCCCUCUGCCUGUUGUUACUCUUUCUCCCCCUCUAUUGCUCUCUGCUACGGUCCCCCCAAAUUUCCCGUGCUCUCUUCUCGUAGUGGGGCAGUAUCAGUCGGUCAGAAGGGUGCGGCGAGUGGGCACGGGGAUGAAGGGGGGGUCCCAUAUCGCAGUGACAGCGUGAAAAGCAUGGUGACAGAGGGAGCGAAGGCCGGGAGGUGGCAGACCGUCCAGGGCCACAUGCAGUCUGGAGGACUCAGACCCAACAAGUGAGUUCAGAACCAAACAGGAUGAUAAAAUGAAGAAAAAAAAAUGUUGUUUUAUAUAUUGAAUCGGAGUUAAACUACAUAUCAAUGACGACUGUAGGGACUGUUGCUCUGGUGUCAAGGCCGAAGGUGAGGGCAGAGUCGGAGGCCUCCAGGGAAACAUGAUGAUAACAAUAGCUGGUGCAGCUGACUCUCUAACCAGGGAGGUGAAAUGCGGCUGAAAACUAUGAUUCAUUAAAAUGUGAAAGGUGCUCGAGGAAAAGCGACAGUCAGUUUUUGCCACGAAGGCGUGCGUCACACUUUCAAUGAGGAACCUGUCUGAACCUGCACCACUGUCUCUCUCAGGCCUGGUGUCGAGAACGAAGCAGUUCAUUUUCAGCUCUGUAUGAUUUUUGCACCUUUCUUUGGCACCUCAUGCCACCGACUUCUCCCUUCAUAACACAUUUACACUCUCUACCAGCUCCCUCCUCAUUCCUGUCCUCUCUCCUCCCCUCCUCAUCUUUCUUUUUGCCCCCGUCUAUAAUUGGAUUCUAUUUUCAGGCUGCUAUAAGUGUCUGUGUUUCUUUGUGUCUCGCACCCUAUUUUCUUCUCCUCCUCCAUUGUCACCCUUCACUGUUAUCAUUUCACUCCAUCUUUCCUUUGUCGUGUUAAGCGUUUCUAAUACUGUAUUUGAGAAUGCAGUUGUAGAUUUAAGGAAAUCAUUAGUCCCGACUCAGUGUCUGAAUUUUGUGCAGCUUAUUGUCAGAACUGUUUCCUUAGUGUCCGUUUUCAUGAGACUUUAAGUUGCUCUGGUGUUCCCAUUUUAAUAGGUUAACAUCUAUUAAAGAAGGGCACUAUGAGGAGACUUGGACAUCUUCUGCAUCUAUUACGCUCCGGUGAUGUUAGAAACAUUGAAAGUUAUCAGCCAAUUAAAAAGAAGCACAUUUAAAAAGGAGGCGGCGAGAAAUCCUCUGUGCCGCUGGGUUGGCUGCUGGAAUGUCCCUGGAGAGGUGGCAUCUAUUUAAAAGAGCACCAAGAAAGAGACUCUAUCAGAGAUGGAGAAGUGGAUUGAUGGUUGAAGACAUGGGGAUUUCUCAACAAAACAGAAAAACCUUAUCAGGAGUGCCUGGAAGCUGCAAAACAAAGAGCCGAGCACUUGGUCGCGGUCAUCUGUCGCCAAUUUCCCAUUUGCCUGUGCGGAUAGUAAACAUUCGGCCUCCGCCGCCUCGCAUCACGGCCUCAAGGAAGCAGCACCCUCAGAGCGCACAGACACACAAGUUUCGUUCACGUCAGACGCGCGGGGCGAGCACGCAGUUAGCGCACGUUUUGGUGGCGAAACUCCGUGAGCAACAUUCAUCGCACAGCGAUCACUCGUGCUGCACUUUCUACUGCUACCUCUGCUACUGCUGUUAUUGCUGCUGCCUCACGUUGCUCUCCUUCUCUCUCCUCCUCCUCCUGUCUCCAACUCCUCACACCCCCAACUCUUCAUCCUUUGAUAUCACUCUUCUUGACUUCUUCUCUCAAACACUGUCUUCCUGUCUGGAUGAACAUUCUGGUAUCAACUUGACCUCCUCUCCUGUGUCCUCUUGCUGCUCUGUGCCACCGUGUCUUAUCUCCGAACUCUCUGUCCGUCCCCCCUCGUCUCAACUCUUGUCCCCUGGACACCUGUCCCCUCCUCCUUUCUCUUCUGACUCCUUCCCUCUUCACCGCCCUUUCCUCUGCCGACCAUGGGCAUCAUCACGCACUCUCUCUUCCCUCCUACUUUGCCCUCCCAGCUUCGGGGAUCCAGUCCUCUCCUAUGCGUCCACUUUGGAGCACAUCCCUACUCGACCUCGGACGCUACUGCGGCAGCAGAGUCUCCAACAGCCUCUCAUCCACCCCCCCGGCCCGGGUCUCGGCCACCCUCCCACCACAUCCCAGAGUUUGGGACAAUUGCACACAGCACCUGGACAGCCCAGUGGAGCGGGUGCUGGGAAAGCAGAGGGCGGUGGCGGCGGCAGUGAGGGUGGGGGCACAAGAGGUGGCCCAAAGGGUUCACGAGGAAGCCCAGCAGGAGCUGGCGCGUCUCGCUAUAGGGGAGGUGGAGCCGGUGCGCGCUCACGUGCCAAUCCAGGCAGCUGGGAUUACAUGAUGGACCAGAUGCGGAAUCGUGGCCUGGAUGUCAGGUCUUUCCUUGAAGGAAAGCUGGUGGUCCUGGCUUUGGCCAUCGGUGUGGCCGAGCAAGAUGACUUUGCCAAUAUCCCUGACCUGCAGGAAACUCCACAGGCCGCACCAGCAGCCAGCCAGGAGCCCUCGCUUGAGAAGAGGGGCAACAAGCCAGCUAACAGUCCCAAAGGGCAACCCCCUGAUGCUGACGGUCACUCCUCUGUAACUGACCUGGCCAACUCUCUCACCGGGGACAUGGUGAUGCUGUCUCCAGGUUCAGAGGAUGAUGAUGGUGAAGGACCCAUCAGUGAGAAGCUGGGCCGAAUCCAGUUCAGCAUCGGCUACAGUUUCCAGAACACAACUCUCACCGUCAAAGUUCUCAGGGGACAAGACCUCCCAGCCAAGGACUUCUCCGGCACCUCAGAUCCUUUCGUCAAAAUCUACCUGCUGCCUGAUAAGAAGCACAAGCUGGAGACCAAGGUCAAGAGGAAGAACCUCAACCCCCACUGGAACGAAACGUUUCUGUUCGAGGGUUUCCCAUACGAGAAGGUGAGAGAGCGCACUCUUUACCUUCAGGUGUUGGACUACGACCGCUUCAGCCGGAAUGACCCCAUCGGAGAGGUGUCAAUCCCCCUUAACAAGGUGGAACUGGGCCAGAUAAAAACCUUCUGGAAGGAGCUGAAGCCCUGCAGUGAUGGAAGUGGGAGACGAGGAGACCUGCUGGUGUCUCUCUGCUAUAAUCCCACUGCCAACACCAUCACUGUGAACAUCAUCAAAGCGCGUAAUCUUAAAGCCAUGGAUAUCGGUGGCACCUCAGACCCGUACGUGAAGGUGUGGCUGAUGCACAAAGACAAACGUGUGGAGAAGAAGAAGACGGUGACGAUGAAGCGCUGUCUCAACCCCGUCUUCAACGAGUCCUUCCCCUUCGACGUGCCCGCCCAUGUGCUGAGGGAGACCACCAUCAUCAUCACUGUCAUGGACAAGGACAGACUUAGCCGCAACGAUGUGAUCGGCAAGAUCUACCUGUCUUGGAAGAGCGGCCCCGGAGAGGUGAAGCACUGGAAGGACAUGCUGGCUCGGCCACGCACUAACGUUGCUCAGUGGCACGCCCUCAAGGCCUGAUCGCACCUCCCAGCUUCUUCCAUGGCCCCUUCCUGUCUUCUAUCAUCCCCCCCGCUCCCUCCCC